CCCAUUUCUCCGGAAACUGCUAUGUCCAUAAAUACUCCGUAACUUCAGUAAUCUUUGGCAAUCAAAUCCAAACUUUUUUCGACAUCCUGGAGCUCUGAGUAUUUUACACAAUCCAAAAACAUCCGAAACUCCAGGAACUGGCAGAAAUCCCUUAAACUUCGAAGUUCAAGAGUCUCAAGAGCUUCUGGAUUUUCCCGGAGUUCUCGAAGCUCCACGAAUGUCGGAUGUUUUUGAAGCUACGAGGCUUUCAUCACUUGCGAUUAAAAAUGUCCUCCUCCGACGAAGUCUCCACCGUCCUGCUAACGUACACCAAAUGCGUCAACUUUGCCGCUGUCAAACACCGCAAUCAACGCCGACUAGAUUCGGACAAAACUCCGUACAUCAACCAUCCGAUCGGAGUGGCCAACAUCCUGACGGCCGAGGGUGGCGUCACCGAUUUCGAGGUCAUCCAGGCGGCCAUCCUGCACGACACGGUCGAAGACACGGACACUACGUUUGAGGAGAUUGAACGGGAGUUCGGCAGCCAGGUGCGCCGUUUGGUGGAAGAGGUGACGGACGACAAGUCGCUGCCGAAGGCCGAACGGAAGCGACUGCAGAUCGAACAUGCCGCCGGGACCAGCCCCCAGGCCAAGUUGAUCAAGCUGGCAGAUAAAAUCUACAACUUGCGGGAUCUGCAGCGGUGCCAGCCGGAGGGUUGGACCGAUCAGCGAUGUCGGGAGUACUUUGGCUGGGCCAAGAAGGUCUGUGAUAAUUUGAAGGCCACAAACCGGGCGCUGGAGGACAUUUUGGACGGGAUAUUUAAACAAGAGGGUGUGGAAUAGAGGUGCUGUUUUGUCUAAUGGACUUUUAAUAAAACAUGGUUGUGAUUAUGAA